AUGGCCGACCAGAAUAUCCCACAAACCCGGAGAGCUCUUCGCAGAGGCGGCCCUCACGUGGCCGAAUUCGUCGAUGAAGCUAUUCCAUCCCGAGGCUCAUCCGACGUACUGAUUCGAGUUCGCGCUGUCUCGUUAAACUACAAGGAUCUAGCUAUGCUGGACGACAACUUUCCCUGGCCGGUUCCAUCCAACAUUAUCAUGGCCGCUGAUGUCGCAGGCGAGGUUGUCUGGGUCGGCGACAAAGUGACCCUCUUUGAGGUUGGUAAUAGGGUUGCUGCCGUUCAUAACUUGGACAACAUUACUGGACGUGAAUUGACGGGACGAGCUCCUGGCCAAGGUGUGGAUGGCACCUUGGCUACCUAUGUGGUGUUUGCAGAGGUUGAGCUUGUGAAAAUCCCCGACAAUUUGACAUGGGCCGAGGCCAGUAUCGUGCCCUGCUCUGGUGUUACUGCUUGGUCAGCCCUGAACAUGAGGACCAACAACUUGUGGGGAAAGACUGUGCUUGUUCAAGGUACUGGAGGAGUGAGCAUUAUAGCACUCAGCUUGGCCGCCAAAGCUGGUGCUACCGUGAUUGCUACCUCUUCGUCCGAUGCGAAGCUGGAACGGGCGAAAGAGCUUGGUGCUUCGCAUGUCAUCAACUACAAGCAUAAUCCCAACUGGGAAGAAGAGGUGCUGAGGCUUACUGGAGGCUUUGGAGUCGACAUUGUCAUCGAGCAAGGCGGGGCUGAUUCUCUACUUCGGAGUGUACAGUCAAUACGACGAGAGGGUCAAAUCUCUCAAGUUGGGUUCCUGUCGGGAGAUGGCCAGGGCGAUAUGUUUCGCCUGGUUCAGCUGCUAAUUAUGAAAAAGUGCAGCAUUGUCGGAAUCCAAGUCGGGUCAAAAGGCGAUCUAGAAGACUUGAUGAGCUUUCUCAGGCAACCACAUUUUACACUCGACUCAUGCAUCGACCGAGUUUUUAGUUUCGACAAGUCAUUGGAGGCCUUCGAUUACAUGAGAAAGGGCAGCGCGGUUGGGAAGAUUGUCAUUGAGUUUUAG